AUGGAAUCUACUUCUUCAAAAGAUCCAAUGGAAAGUUCUUCGACCAAACCAAAUAAAAAAUCUGUAUGUUUUUUAUUCAUAAAAUUUGAUUAAUAAAAUAAAUAUUCCAGAUGUCGGCAAUUGUUGUACGUCGUGUGAUGCGCCCAGUUGAUAAGUUCUUGGAAAACGAGAAACAAGAGAAAUUUCGAGAUGCGUUAAUAAAAAAGGUCCGCAAUAUCAGAGAAUCCAAUAAAAGUAUGAUGGAAGAUAUAAACACCCUGAAUUGCAAAUUGGAGGAAUUGAAGAUGCAAGUCGACUCAAAAAAUGAUCAGAAAGCUUUUGUGAAUCGAGAAGAAAUAAUAUUAGUAGUACAAUCGAUGCCGGAAUUCCAAAAUCGAAAUGAAAAAGCUGCAAUUACCAAAGAGGACAUAAUAACGUGGAUUGAAGAAUCUAAACAAACUUUUUCGGCGGAGAUUGUAGAUAUCAAAAUUGAGCUUAUAGAUGCAGUUAAGCAAGAAUUCAGUGUAAGACAAGUAGAUGAAUUUAUGGUGGCUGCUAAUCAACAGUUUGUGGAUUUGAAUAAAUAUAAUCAAGAAAUGAGAAUGAUAAUUUUGCAUGGUUCUACUAGUACAGAAACUCUGGAACGGUACAGUAAUGCAGUUCAAAAAUUGGAAGCUGCAGAGAAACGGAUUGAUGUUCCAAGUUGUAUUCAAAAAUUUAAUGAGUUUGAACAAGUUAUAUUACCAAGAUUGAAUAAUGUACGAGAGGAAAUUGUAGAAGCUAUUCGUCGUAGUCAAAAUGAACAAUUUGAAACAUUUGAAAGAAAAAUGAAGGAGAUUCAAGAAAAUGCUUUGGAUGAGGAGAAAAGAAGAACAGAAGAACAUACAAAACAAUUUGACGAAGCUUUCGGUGACCAUGCUGUCAUAAAAAUCGAAGUCUUGGAUGUUUCCAAACGAUUAACUAAUAUUAGAAACUCGUUGAAUGAAAGAAUGAUCGAAAAGGUAUCAAAAUCAGAAUUCAAACAAUGGCAAAUUGAUUUGGAAACAAGAUUAAUGGAAACUAUUGAGAAACAACUCACGUUGAAUCAUCUAAGCCAAAUGGCUAAUAUCAAUGCCUAUUUCAAACAACAAGGUGCUGAGAAUAAAAAAUAUGUGUCAAGUUUAUUUGAUUCACUUCAAAAACAUAUUAUGAAAAUUGAAAAAGGUUAGUGUUUUCGAAAUUGAAUUCAAAAUUAAGUUGAAAUUUCCAGAACAACACAACUUUCCAAAAUGGACUGAUAUGCACGAACAAAUCACAAAAAGCUUUGUCUCACUUUUAACAUCAAUGAGAAAUCCAAACGUUCCAGCUCCUCCUUCUCUCCCACCGCUUUCAGAUUUACCAGGGUAA